AUGAAAACAGUUGUACCUAAAAAAUUCUUCAUCCAAGUACAAUUUAUGGUUUGGCUUACUGAUAACCCGCAGGUUGACCUACCUGUUUUCACAAAACCUGGUUAUCGCUCACCUGCAAGUGACUCAAUGAGUGCCACCCAG